AUGUUAGGAAUCUGGCAUCUAUUAAGUUUAAUAAUACACUUAUCAUUGAGUUAUUCCGACGUUAUUACUUAUUCUGAAGAUUCAUAUCUAUAUGAUACUUCACCAAUACCCAAUGAUAUUAUCUUUAUAGAUUACAACGUAUCUGUGUCUUUUAUAAAUACUGAAAAUGUUGCCUUAUCAGGAUUAUAUGUCGAUAUAGAUUCCGAUUUUUAUGUUACUAGUGUUUCUAAUCUGAUUGGUCUAGUUUUCAAUGUAACCGCAGACUACUUUAUCAAUAAUGGUACUGUCUCAUUAGAUUCAUCCAAUUCCAUUCUUCCAAGUACUUAUAUCUUUGAUAUUCUGAAGUAUUUCAUAAAUAAUGGAGAUCUUUAUAUGGCAUCAAGUGGUAAUCUUGAUACCAGUGUUAUUACCAUAAAUGGCCCUAAUAUUUUCAAUAAUGGAUUUAUGGCAUUUAAUCAAAGUAGUAACACUGGAACACAAAUUACUAUAACUGGUUUUCUUACAAACAAUGGUGUAAUUAGUUUAUAUAAUCAAGACAUCACUCCAACUUCUGAAAUGUUAGGUGCUGGGUGCUUCAUGGCUCAAGCUGGAUCAACUGUUAUUAUCACCGAUCCUAAUUAUUUUAUUGGCCAAACUAUUUAUUUGGCAGAUGUUUCCUCCUCCAUUAUUGCCCAGUAUACAACUUCCCAAACUUUUGUAGUUGUUGAUGGGUGGGGUAAUGGAAAUUAUAUUAACUGUCCUGACAUAAUAGCAGGCGCUGGAUAUAAUGAUAAUACUGGUGUGAUGUACCUUGAUUGUGAUACUUUCUCAAUGUAUUUCCAAAUUGGACUAGGCUAUAAUGAUUUAAAUUUUGAUUAUAGUGAUGUUGGUGUUCUGUUUUCGUCACCACCUCCAAAUGAAGUUUUUUGUGGCUCAAAUACAAAUACUUCACUUUCAGAUAGCAUAGCACCAAUUGCUCCGGGAUUAGAUGGUGGAAAUUAUACCAGCACAUACAUAACUACAUCCAAUGGUCUAGUUUGUACAGAGAUAGAUGAGUAUUUUGUUACUUCAGAACCAUCAGGUUCAUAUUAUGAGAGCAGUACGGUGUUAUUUACGACUUGUUAUAAUGUUCUGACUAGCGCCAGCUAUUCAUCAUCUUCUACAUUGUCUUCAUCUUCAACUUAUUCAAGUUCUUCUACGUUAUCAUCCAGUUCUUUCAGUUCUUCCAGUGCUUAUAGUUCGACAAGCUCGGCAAACUCAAGGUCAAGUUCUUUAAUCUCAAGUUCAAUUAGUUCAACUUCUUCAAGCUCACCAAGUUCUAAGUCUUCUAGUUCUUCUAGUUCUUCAAUCGCCUCAAGUUCUUCGAGUAGUUCCCGUUCUUCUAGUACUUACAGUUCUUCAAGUUCAAGUUCCUCGAGCACUUCAAGUUCAAGUUCCUCGAGCACUUCAAGUUCAAGUUCAAGCAGUUCAAGUUCAAGCAGUUCAAGUUCAAACAGUUCAUUAUCUUCAAGUCCAGCAUUGUCAAUUACACCCUCAUCUUCAUCAAGUACUAACCCAUCAAGUACACCAUCAAGCAGUUUGUCAUCAUCUAGUUACACACUAUUCAGUUCUUCAUUGAAUGCUUCGUCAUCUGAAAGUUCAACAUCUGCCACUAUUUCCUCAUCAAGCAGCUAUAAUUCCAUUUCACCAUCAAGUACCCUUUCUUCGAGUGUUUCAUCAUCUUCAUCAUUCCUUGAAUCAUCAGGUAGCUCGUCAUACCCUACAUCGUCCUCCACAUUCUCGUCCAGUAGUUCAGGUUUUCCUAUGAUAUCAAUUUCUUCAUCAUCAAUCUUUUCAUCUUCAGGCUCAUCGGUAUAUUCAGAGCCAUCAAGUAUUUUCUCGUAUCACAACUCAUCAAGUUCAACGUCAUCUCUGGCAUCAUCUUCAGUCUCAUCGACUUCUGAAAUUGGUUCAUCCAGCGAGUCUUCACUUUCUUCUUCGAAUUUCGAGAGCAGUGAAUCUACAUCUGUUUAUUCUAGCUCUUCUUCUUCUGGUAUAUCACAAAGUUCGCAUUCAUUCAAUAGUGCUAUAUCUGGCUCUGGUUCUUCUUCAUCAGCAUCAUUCAGUACUUUAUUACCUACUUCUUCAUCAACUUUCACUUCGUCAACUACACCCACAGGGAAACUAUCUUCUGUUGAGUCUAGUAGUUCAUUUAGUAGUAAUUCAAAUUCCCCUUCAUCUGUUGUAUCCACUAGUUCACCUGGUGCUUUAAGUUCUUCUUCAACCGUCCCAUCAAGUAUUUCUUUCAGUUCGAUUUCUACACUGUCCGAGAAAUCAUCUACAUUGUCAACAUCCCCUGUUACAUCUUCAACUUCGAUUUCAUCAUUGUCCGUAUCUGGUUCGUCAACUACUUCUUCGGCCGAAAGUGGCCCAACAACUUUAUAUGGAGUCUUUGAUGCAUCUAUUGGACCAUUGUUGUACAGAGACUUUGAUUCUUACUAUACUGCGUCCAUUCCAAUGGCUCCUGCUUUCAAUGGUACAUUCACAUAUACAUUCCCAAAUAAUGCAAAACCUGGAGAUUUUGUCCAUGUUGGAUUACCUAAUGUAUACGAUCUCUUCCAGGGAUCUGGAGGUAUUAAGAAGAGAUCCGAUGGCACUUUAUCGUUGACAUCUGAUGGUGUCGAUUAUGCAGAUUGUGAGAUCACAAUGGCUGGAUCUGUCAAUGACGAGACUUCAAUCGAUUGUACACUUACAGAUAAUGUUCUUAAUAAUCCUGGAGUCAGUGGAUCGGUAGUGUUACCUAUUGUAUUUAAUAUUGGUGGAUCCACUUCUUCUGUUGAUCUAGUUGCCGCAAAUGCUUUUGUUGCUGGACCACAGUCAAUUAUUUUCAAUGAUGGUCUUAAUGAUAUUUUGACAUCAGCCAAUUUUGCAGGAGGAUCACCAUCUCCAGAGGAUCCUGAGGUUAUAGUAUAUGCAUCUAGGCCACAGCCAUGGACCAAUACAGAAUCAUUUUAUUUAUUAGGAGGCAAUUGUUCUGUUUCUACAGGAUAUGGAGAACUCAGUAUUGUUGUGACAGAUGGAUCCAUUGAUUGUUCAUCAUGGUCAGCAGGUAUUACCAACAGUCUUAAUGCAUGGUAUUUCCCUACCACAUAUGAAACAUUAAGUAGUAUCAGUCUUCUUUCCUGUUCAGCUGAUUCUAUUUCAAUUUCAUAUUCCGGAGUCCCCGCUGGUUAUAGACCAUUCUUCAGUGUUGAUGCCGAUACUGAUGGAUCUAUCGAAGCAUCCUUUAAUGAUGACCACUCAUGUGUUGCGUUGGCAUCAGGAUCAUCUGUAUCGAUUGGUCCUACUAUCAGUGUCGGAUCCACUGUUACUACAGAAACAUACACGACUGAUACUGUCUACAGUUCUACUGAAACUAUCACUACUGUUAUUAAUGGAAUCACCGAAGUGAUCACUACUGUUGUGAGAGUUACAUCAGAAGAGACCAUCACUACAGAAGUUACUGAGUUUGUUCCAGUGACUACUGAGACGACCAAUGAAGGUAAUGUAGGUACCAAGUCAUACAUUACAACUGAUAUUAUCCUCACCACUACUAUCACUACUACUUAUUGUCCAGAAGGCGAAGAAACUCCGAUUACUACAACUGAAGUUCUUGUCACAACAAUUGAAACUACGUUUUGUCCCGAAGAUGAAGCUACUGUUUCGACCGCUAUCGCUGGCGAAGCUACAGACACAGCUAUCAAAUCGUUCACCACAGUUGAGACAGUUAUCACGACUACUGUUACAACUACUUACUAUCCAGAAGGCCAGGAAGUGCCAGUCACCACUACUGAAACUAUUGUUACCACCAUUGAAACAACUUAUUGUCCAGAAGAAGGAGUUGGAGGAGCAGGAACGGAGGUUUCCGGCGUUGCAUCUGAGAUCGCAACUCCAAAUGGCGGUAUUAAGUCGACCACAAAUGCAGCAGGAAUGGUUGCUCUGAAUAUUCCAUCUGAAACAGUUGCAGGUGAACCUACUAUUGCAUUAUCUACUUCUUCAUCUACUGGUUCCAUCGAGUUUACAGCCACUGUGUUAGAAGGUGGUUCGAUUAAUAUUAGCUAUUCAUUCUCAAUACUUUUGAUUAUAUUGGUUUCAUACUUGUUUUGA